AUGCUACAUCUUGUAUGUGCUGCAGGUCUAGCCCCAUCUAUAGUUGACUACAAUGAAUGGAAGGAGAUGAUUGGGAUUGCUAACCCUCGUAUCAAGACAAUAUCCUUGACAACACUCUCUGACAUCCUAAUUCCUCAUAAAGCAAGCUUCGUCCAGCAGGAGACUAUCAAGGAGCUCAAACUCUCUGAUAACCUGACAAUCUCAUAUGACGGUGGCACCACUCGACUUAAGGAGUUAAUCUACACAUUCCAUGCAACUACAUCAGACCCACGCAAGGCCUAUCUUUUGGAAGGCAAUGAAGCAUCUGGAGAGUCUCAUACUGCAAAGCAUAUUGCCGCCAUUCUUGAGAGACUUGUCAAGUCAAUAGGCCCAGAAAAGUUCUCGGCAGCCUAUUCAGACUCAACAGGCAACACAAAACUUGCCUGUGAGUUACUGCAUGGGCUCUUCCCCUGGAUCAUCCCUCUUGCCGACCCAUGCCACCAUUUCAAUAAUACCAUCAAGGAUAUCUGCAAACUGGAGAUCUUCAAUAUGGUGAUCAAGCAGAUUUGUGAUAUCAUCACCUUUUUCAGCAACUCAGACUAUGGAACAUGCCAUCUUAGGAUCCGUCAGGUGCAACAUAUCAUCUUGUGA